AUGACGAAAUAUGUUGUUUACAGCCUUGAGAGCGCAAUCAAUGCUUUCUUUAGCUCGAGUACCACUACAACGAGACAGCAAUGCGAUGACUUCUCCAUCGCUCGUGCUGGUGGUGUCUCUACUCCUUUACAGAUGCAAGGAGUGUGCAGUUAUACAGUGACAGCGGGACCCGACAAGUCCAAGAUCUUCCAGUUUCGAUGCGAGGACUCUACGAUUGAUAUUGGUAAUAUCAGUCUUGCCAAGGCAGUCCAUCCCGAGUUCAUUGCUAGCUGCAAGUAUCUCGGGACCUUGGGCAAUUUACAGCCACUCCAUAUCUACGAGAUGGAGAACCUGUCUGGAAUCACUCAUAUCAUGGCGCGCAUUCCACCAGACGACAUGUCCCGACAAAGUAAUACCAUCAAAGACCUUGCUAGGUUCUUUGCACAGUCGUGGAACAACGAUCGACGACCAUGCUCAGAUGACACCGCCAUCUUACUUAAGGAGUUUCAGUCUAAUUUUGACCUUCUUGCUCAAGACCUGCCGUCCCGCUUUGCACCGAACUUAGAUAUGGUUCGUAAGGAGCUCCCGUUGCUCUUCUCAGGAACGCUCCCUUUUGUUCUCAGCCACCAGGAUCUUAACAUGAUGAAACUCCUUAUCGAUCCAGAAACUGGAAAUAUAACAGGGAUUGUCGAUUGGGCGGAAUCUAGAAUUCUACCGUUCGGUUUCGCGCUUUACGGGCUUGAUAAUAUUUUGGGCCUGAUGGGGUCAACGGGGUGGCACUACUAUGAUAAUCACCGCAAAUUCGAGAAGCUCUUCUGGAAAACCUUUCGAGAAGAAGCUAAUGAUUUCUCCGAUGCUGAUUUGCGUUUGACCCGCGUUGCGAGAAUGGCCGGGCUUUUCUCCCAUUAUGGAUUUGUUUUUGACAUUAAAGGUGCGGUGGAAAGUGUGCGGAUGGACCAGGCUGAUGGUUCCCUCGCAUAUCUUGAUGCUUUCUGUACUACUAAUGAGUAG